UUGGUUUAGUGUAAAUUUUUAUUUUCAUCAAAUCAGUAAAAAAAAAAAACAUUCGUAGAAUAUAACAAAAAUGUUGACAGAUGUGAAUGAUGAAGGUAAAGCUACUUCUGCACGUCGGAUGACGCUUCACUCCAUUGAUGCAAUUUUGAGAUGCGAAUCGUCAAGACUGGAAGAUUAUGAGAACCUGAUACAAACUGAAAACCGAACCAAAAUUUCAGAAGCGGAUGAUACAGAGAAAAUGGAACCGGAAGUGACCACAUCACCACCAGUAUCCCCAAAAUUCUCCCGUAGAACCCCAGACUCGUUUUCAAUCUCCGAGUCAGCACUCAAAAGGAAAUCAAGUUCACCAGAACCGGAUGUUAGCAUGGAUUCUCAUAAGAAGCGGAGGUUCCGGACUACUUUUACUGCUGAUCAGCUAAAAUGCCUGGAAAAUGUUUUCCGUGUCACACAUUAUCCGGAUGUUAAUGCCAGAGAGGAACUGUCGCAGAAAACGGGCCUCCCAGAGGCCAGGGUUCAGAUCUGGUUUCAAAACAGAAGGGCUAAGUGGAGGAAAUAUGAAAAACUUGGUAACUUUGGGGGUCUACAAGACUUAAAGGAAGUCCAUUACGUACCCGCCCCUAAAACCUCUACCUUACGGGGCGACGUGUCACCCCUGCCAUUUCAGGUAAAUUUACCAAAACUUUUUGAUGGAACUAAAAAAGAACCUGUUAGUGAUGAUGAUGAAGCAAUGCCUCUUAAUCUUACAAAACCUCACGUACCCUACUUCCCUUCCACUUUUCCGUUUUAUGGACUGAAUCCCCUGACGUAUGCAGCUACUAUGUCUAUUUUUGGUCGAUAUGGAUCGCCAUUUUCCGAUUCGUCUCAACGCACCGGAAGUAUUACUUCACUUCGGAUGAAGGCUCGAGAACAUGAAGCAGCUUUGGGGAUGCAGAUUCCAUAUAAAUAGAGACAGUUCCACUAUAAUCGCAUUUUCAUUCGUCCAUAUUUUUUUUAAAAAAAUUAACAUGAAGGGAGGCGUUGUCUUUAAUUUUUGAUUAACAUUUAUAUACAUGUAUGUAUAAUUGUAUAUAUACAUCCUGUACAUUAUCUGUGAUAUACCUGUACAAUAUAUAGGACAAAACAUAUGCCACUGUGUGCCACAGUGGAAACCUAUUUGGUAUCAGAUUUUUGAUACUGAAGGGAGAAAUAAAUGAAUAAUACUCGA